CUUCAUUUCCGUACCAGAACGGAAGUGCCUGGUUGGGUGUUUUGUGGAGGUGACCGAAUGGGAGAUUGCAGAAUUGUAUGGUCAAUAUUGAAUUAACUCCCGAGGAGAGUAGUAAGAAACAACCAGAUUUUUGACAUUCAUAGUGUACUAAUACCGUUGGCAGCAUGGGCGCUCACCUCGGGCGGCGGUAUAUCACCGAGAGGGAUACCGAGCCUGACCCUGCGAAACCGUUUGGGUUCGACCCCGAGAUCGGCUUCGCUGAGAGGAAAGAGAGAGUGAUGGUGGCCACCCAGGAACAGAUGAACUUGGCCCAGCUCCCUCUAAACCAGAGGGACUACUGUGCCCACCACCUCAUCAAGCUCAUGAAGUGUAAGAGGGACAACUGGCCAAACUUCCUGGCCUGCAAACACGAGAGGCAUGACUGGGACUACUGUGAGCACCAGGACUACGUCAUGCGUAUGAAGGAGUAUGAACGGGAACGACGGCUGCAGAUGAGGAAGAAGAGGCUGGAGGAAGCCCAGGCUGCCUAAUCGUUGUCCUCCUCUUGACCUUUUAACCCCAGACCCCUCUGUGUACAUACCUGCUGCUCUUUACAAUAAAGACCGCUAUUGUUUUGGAGCUCUACUACUUGAGCAUUGA